GCACUGCAUCGGUUCUAUGGGGACGGGGAGGACAUCACGGAAAAAACGUAGCAGCAGCACCACAAACCCCACGCCGAGAUUUCGUCUCUCUGCUGCGCUAAAACUGCGCGACGAACGCGACCCACGACUAUGCCCGGUGCGGCGUUAAAGUGCGGGAGGACCACUUGACAGGCCUGGGCGAGGUCUGAGCCGUUGCCGGGAGAGGAAAUACAUUUCUUCAUAUGGGAGAAGCAUGCGGGAAAUGGUUGGAGGUUGUUGCGUGUGUUCAGACGAGCGAGGUUGGGCAGAAAAUCCGCUGGUUUACUGUGAUGGACACGGCUGCAGCGUCGCCGUUCACCAAGGUAACGUUAGCCGCCGUUAGCGUAUGAUUACCGGGCAGCUGUGGCGGCUGAACCGGCGGCUGGAGGCAGCCAGAGGUGGUGGUGGUGGUGGUGUUAGGUCGGUAGGUUUCUGACCGUCUACGUGCGUGUCUGUGUGUUGAUGUGUGUGUGGGAGGGGUUGGUAGGUAGGUAGGCGUGCUGUUUGUUGUUUCCUCUCAGUCGGCACACAUGAUUAAACACACAGGGCCAAGCACAGUGACACGGAGCCUGUGUGCAUGGCGCCUUGAUGCCACUCAGGUCCGUGUAUGUACGUGUGAUGUGGGUGUGUGCGUGUGCUGUCUGGCCCGGUCGGAUCCACGACACACAGCAAGAGGCGUGUUUUUGCGACAGGACAGCCCCGGAGAGGCCCGCCUGUUUGGACACUGUGUUACCUUGUGUCCACUUGCUUUGUUGCCUUAACGGGACCAGCAAAAGGGGCAGUAAAGUUUCUGGAUCAAAUUUCCCGGAGGACAUCAGGCCGGCUCUGAAUGUUAGACUAACUCUGGGAUGCUGGGCUGGAUUUACACUCGGCUGACUUGAUUAAAUCUGAUCUAAUCUACAGUUAAAGUUUUAUAAAAACAGAUGACUCCUAAAGUGUUGUAAGAUUAAAUAUUAGGUUAUAGCUGUGGCAGGAAAGGUUGAGUUGAGGUCUUUCUUUGAUUUGACUCAGGUAAAACUAUGACAUUUUACUUAAGUACCAAUCUGUAAUCUAAUCCAUCAAGUAGGGGAGAGUGGGGUAAGAUGAGCAAUUUUUCAUAUUUCGGAUCACUACAUCAAGGCAAUCAUAGUUUUGUCUCUAACUAGUGUAUCUGCAUAUAUUUUAAGAUUUUGUGCAUCCCUGCAAACCAACAGAAUGAGUGUAAACAGAACUGUCUUGAUAAUAUAGCAUGCCAAAAAAAUGUGGUCUCCUAUGGUCAUCUCUCCCCGUGUAUGGGGUAAGUUGACCAUAGGAGCGGGGUAAGUUGAGCCGUACCCCUCAUAACAUAAUAAAUGUCUUACCUCUUCACCCAUGUGCUUCUAACCCGCACAGACUCCAUGAAUUGAUGUCCAUCUCCUAACUAUUUGGUCACAUGAUCAAUUUCUUUUACCAUUUCCAAGCAACAGGGGAUGGCUUAAUUUACCCCACUCUCCCCUACUCUUUUAUAAAUAUGCUGAGUACUUUAACUAAUGGUGCUAUGGGCAAGGGAAGUAAGAUAUACCCCCUAGAUCAUGUAGAUCUGGGGGGGCAUGUUUCAUAUUCCUAACAACAAUAUUUUAAGUAAUUCAGACUCUGCACCUAUCCAGUGUUACUGCAUGUAUUUGCUUCUUUGGACUAAGUAAAAGCUCCCUGCACACCUAAGUAAUAGCUGGCUGUGUUUAGAGAGGAUUGUUAUCAUGAGCCAAAAAUAAGAACUUAAUUGACUGUAAUGAGUCAAAUUGGCUGCCAAUGCCGCAAGCUACAUUUUCUUGACAAGUUCCUUGAAAUUUUAUGUAAUACUUAACUUUGGCAUUGAAAACCUUGAAAUGAGAUUUAUUUUUAGACCUCCUUUUAGCUCAAAGUGUGUGUAAUGAGAUAUUAUGACAAAAUAAAACUAAUUCACUUGGAGAUAUUUGAGUUUGAAGCUACAUAGACCUAUCCAGUCAGGUUGCUGUCAUGCAUUUAAUAAAUUUACAAGUAAAAGUAAUAAUUUUAAAAACUCAAAAAGGCGCAGUAUACAAGUAACAACUCAGUAACAGCGAUGUGAGAGGGAAGUGUGAAGCAGCUAAAACAAUUCUGGCAGAUUAAAAUGGAAUAGGAAAAAAAACCUCUGUGUAUAUUUUGCACAGAAGUGAAUGUGUGCAGAUAUUCAGGAGGAUCCAUUCUCAAACAAAUAAACUGUGUUAAAGAAGUUAUAAUAUGAAUAUACAUUGCCAUUCCCUUUCGUUGAACAUCCUAUGAAGCUGUUAUUAUGUGUUCUGUUAGCAGUGCAGAGAGUGUUGUUAACUACAGAGUCAGAAAGUGCUCUUGUGGGUUCAUACUAAGUGAUGACGCCAAUUCCAAGAAACACCAAGCAUGGUUUUUUUGGAUCACAUCCUCUGCUAGUUAAAGUUUUAGUGAUAUUUGAGCAAAUGUGCCAUUGUAGCUUGUCUUGAUUUUUAGAGCUUGGUAAUAAUUUUUACCCUGUUGAUUUAAAGCACUUGUGAGGAGUUUUAAAUGGGCUGUAAUUCCUCUUUAGAUCAAAAUUUUGAUGUCACAAUGCAUCAUGCCUGAAACCACUGUGACAGGGUAGGUGGCACACCAGGCAGCUGACAGUACACUGAAGAAACAUCCAUUCUUUAAAAUGUCCACAGCAAAUAUUCACAGCGACUCAGCAAGUGACACAUUUGGCUGUUGAAAGGCAGCAGGAUAAGAUUUUAGUCAGAAUUUACUACCUUGUCAUGCACAGGAUGAGAGUAACACAAACUGAACUAUCCUCCCAGCAGUUUUAAAUACGUGGCUAAACAGAGGGGCCACUUUUUCACUGAGCUCCUGAACUACAUAAUAACAUACAGAUUCUUUCCAGACUAACCUCAAAAUAGUCUCUUUCUCCAGAGAUGAUAAAAGGGACAAUCCAAAUUAAAGUCUCCUCUCUUUCUCCUUUCAUUCUUUUGAAAUCAACACUGAAGAGUUUACUUGCUUCUUGUGUUGAGUAAACCUGACAGCCUGACAGCAUUUAGGUCUUACUUUUUCCUCUAUGCUGCUAUAUGGAUAAGUGGCCUAAAUAUGAGGAGUGAUAUCUGGGUGAAAAUCAGGUCUUCUCAGCUCUUUCUUGAUCAUAUAUUAGUAUGUUAAAGUUUAAACCUUAACUAUAAGAAGAUCUGAACAUCCUAUAUGGUCUGGGCUGGUGCAAGUUGAAGUUGGUUCAAACUGUGAAUUGCCUAAGUAAAGGUUUGCAGUAUUUACAAUUACAAGUAGGCUCUGAAUGUGUCUGGUUUGGUUGAAAUAUAUGUGAAAAGUGUGAUCGUCAUGUAUUUGAGGUCUGCACUUCAAUGCCAACAUAUGUUCAAGACAAAUCCCAGUAAAGACCCUGAUUUUUUACUUUCACCCCAAAACCACAUGUUGCAUUUAAUUAACCAAUCCACAGAGAAAAGAGGAGCAGUCUGUGUGGCUGUCAAGUUUGCGUAUCAAAAGCAGCAGGAAAUCAGUUCUCUGUUAAGUUCCAAAGCACUAGCAUCAGCCCAGAACUAAGACCCCGGCUCACUUUGGAGGAAAGGGGGUAUCAGUUGUCUUGGUUUUUGCGGUGUCUGACCCCAACAAACUACCUCCUGCUGUGGAGUUUUCUCUUAAGUGACCACAAAAAACAGCAGCACAGCAAAUUGAAUCCAGCAUCUCUAACAGAGGUACACCGUAAAGAGUGCCAACUGAGUGCACAACGCGGCAGCAUCCCCCGAAACACCUGACAGGUCCCAAAAGUAGAAUCAAACAAUUUGAUUAAAGGGAUAUUGUGGCGUAAAAUUAAUUUAGGGUCAAACACACCACAACACUGAGUUAGACACCCCCUCGAGAGAUGAAUGUUGCUGACCACUUACUUCUCUAGUUAUACCAACUUAAAUAAUGACCGCACGUUAGCAAUACACAGCGGUCUACGUCUCCAUGCACAAACCUCAACAAAAAGCCACUCUAUAGACACAAAUAAUGGUCAGAACAGCACCUAACUUCAUCAACAGUACAUAAACCGUUCCAGCCAUAGCCAUCAAACAGCUUUUUAACUUUGCCUGAUUUCUUUAGCAAAGAGACUAAACACAACUCACCUACUCUCUUCCAGCAGCCGCCUGUUUGUACGGAGACCUCAGACGAGUCAAUUACGACUGCAGCGGGGUGACACAGCUCAAGGAAGAACAUUUAUGAUCAUUACUUUAUCAUUUCCUUUAAGUAAUAAUCAUCAUAUUAAUCAUUUUGUACCGCAGAGGCGGUAGUUCUUCUGCCUUAGUAUUUCCAUUCAUCUCUGGGGGGAGGGGGGGUCUAACUCGGUGUUACAGUGUGUUUGAACCUAAAUUAAUUUUAUUAUAUGAUUAUUAAUUUUUUAUAUGAUUGAAGAAUUUAGAGUCACUGAGCCAAAUCAACAAGAAUCUUUAAGGGUCAGUUUGGAGUUUUUAAAAUCAAAUAUCUGUAUGAAGAUUAUAGCAGCUUUGAGACGUAGUGGACGAGUCAACAAAGUACAUGAAACGUGUGUCAAGCACAGCAGCUAAAAUGAAAACAUAAAUUAGAGUAGAUGAAAUGAAAACCUGGCUGUAUUUUUUUAAUAUACUUUGUUGUCAUGUUGCUUGUGUUGGGAAAUACAGAGCCAGCACAAACCUGUUCUGUGUGUGUGUGUGUGUGUUUGUGUGUAUGUGUGUGUGUGUGUGUGUGUGUAUCUCAGCAUGCUAUGGCAUUGUCCAGGUGCCCACCGGUCCAUGGUUCUGUCGGAAGUGUGAGUCACAAGAGAGGGCGGCGCGCGUGGUGAGUAUGCCAGCACACAACAUGACACGACACAUCCAUCCUCAAUGCUGCUCCACCUUAUACUAUGAUGAAUGCCACGCUCGCUGACUACACGCUCUGCUCUCUCCUGCCCUCCUACCUCAGAGGUGUGAGCUAUGUCCCCACAAAGAUGGUGCUCUCAAGAGGACGGAUAGUGGGGGUAAAUCUCAUCUUUUCUGUGUAUCUCACACCUCUGCUGAAUCUCUGAGUCACCAAUAAGCAUGCCUGAAAUUGUUUAAAAGCAAAAAAAAAAAGGUUUCCAUUUAUGAGCCACCUUGUCAGUCAAUUGAUUCACUGCCAAUGUCUCCAUCAGGCUGGGCCCACGUGGUGUGUGCGCUCUACAUCCCUGAGGUGCAGUUUGCCAACGUCCUCACCAUGGAGCCAAUCAUCCUGCAGUACGUCCCACAUGAGAGAUACAUCAAGGUACUGACUCACUCACUCACAAACAAACUGCUGACUAGAUUAAACCUCUUGUACAUUUUAGAUUGAACAGAUUCUUCUUUACCGAGCUUCAGAGUGUGAUGUGAUGUGAUGUCUCAUUUAGAUCUUCAAUCAUUUUCAAAACAAGGCCAUAUUUAUGCAUACUGUAUUUGGGGAACAAAACAAACAAAAAGGGCUGGAUUUCUUCACUUUGCAGCCAUGUGUUGGACCGUAACUGCUGCAAUAUCAAUUAUUCAAGGCGAGUGCUCCGGAUCGAAGUAAUUCCACUAAAAGAGUUAUUUUUUCCACCUCCAGGCUGAGUUGUUGCUCUAAAUAUACAUGUCCAGUUUCCCCACAGCGAUCGGAAAAGACGGUUUUUAUCAGCCAGAAACAGCUGUCACAUUGCUCUUAAAAAAUCUCCCAGACUCUAUUGACAGAACUCAUAUCUUUGAAGCACAGGAAACACGAGUAGCAUCUUUUAACCCUGGCUAAACUUGUAAGUAUAUCAGUUGUACCACAUGACUGUGAAAAGAUACUGUAUGCAAUAUUGUUUUGAUAAUAGCCAUCUGUAAAAAAUUACUUGUUGAUAUUUUGCUUACAAUCAUAAUCUAAUACAGUGUAACUUGUUGGUUCAUAGUAGGACUGAAUGAUUUGGCAAAAAAAAGAUCUUGAUAUAUUUUUUCAUGUCAUCUGAUCUCGAUUAUUAUCACGAUUUCUUUGGUAUUUUUUAAACUGCCAGUUUUUAAGCAUCUGUACUAAAAACUAAAGAAACUAGAGAUUAGUUCAACAUUUUAUUAACAUACAAAGUAAAUAACGAAGCAAAUUGAAUAAGAUAAACUUAGAAAAAUAUUUUUUUAAAAAUUAACUCAACAGUACUACAAAUGUAGAUAAAUACUAAAUAAUACAGUGAACUAGUUUACAGUCCUGAGUGUUUUUGCAGGUAUGCAAGACCCAAAAUAAACAGACCGCCCCCUCAGGAAUAAUGAAGACACCUUAAAAUGUAAACAUUAGAUGAAGUAAACAUAGAUUUUCAUGCUUUCCUCAUAAUUACUCGGGAAGUACUUCUUUAAAUCAUUAAACAGAUCUGUUGUGUUGGCGGUUUUUGAGGGCACAGACCGCCGACAUACUUUGCUCAUCGGCUUAAUUGCUCGACGUCACUUUGAAGAUGCCCGAAUCACCGUCACACAACCGACGUUGAAUAACUUUUCUUCUCAACAAUGCCAUUUUUGGAGGAUGACCAAAGUCACGGCUGACAUUUAUUUUGCUGCCCUCAGCUCCGCUUUUAGCUCCACGUUCAGUCAUUCUGUAUGUUUCUCCUGUUUACUUCUCCAAAAACGUACAGAAGUACGUUCUUAUUAUCUAAGUUCUUAUUCUUAUUUUUAGGAAAAGCUCGACUCUGUUUUGGCUGUUGUCACAUGCAUUUCUGCUAUGUUUGAUCGAGUAAAUAUGCUCACAGCUGAUUACCAUGAUCGAACUGAAAUUAAUCUUGAUCAUUAAUCACAAUCAUAUAAUCGCCCAGUCCUAAUUUAUAGUAGGGGACAGCUUCAGGAGAGGUCCAAUACACUGGUAGCCACCCUCUGUAAAAUGAGGGUGAAAGCAGCCGCUGCUUGACAGCAGAACAAAAUACUAAAACAGACAAUGUGAAGUUUAGUGAUGGUGUAAUUUCUCUUUGAAAUAACGAUAGAUGCUUUUCUCCCGAGUAUUCCAGUGUGGCUAAAUGACUAGUAUUGACUUAACUUAAGCAAAUGCUUUUAAAAGUUGUGAACCUGUUCUCACUUAAAUGUAGCCUGAGCAGCAUCUGCAUCCAAAGCUUCAAUGAUGCUUCACUGAUGUCCUUCAGAGCUGAUGUCUGAGCAGUUUAAGUAAACCUUUGUGGCUGUAAUUUCUCCUUAGUUUCAUAGCAGGGAUUUAGUUUCAGACCGCACUUUUCUGAUCAGUGUCAACAGCCAUCAUAGAAAAAGACAUUUCAUUUCCUCUGUGAAUAACAGCAGUUUCAACAAAGCACAAUGUCGUCAUUCCAAAACACGUGGGAAACAUGCAACCCUUAUUUGUUCCUUUAUGGGAAAAUGCUCCCCCCCACCUACACCUCCCGCUCAGACCAGAUCUGAAUGUUGCAAGGUCACGCCUGCUCUCUGGAGGUUGUUGAAAGUCAUUCUGGGAAAUGUGGGAGAUUUCCAGUAAAAGCAGGAAUAGAUUCAGCAGGUCAAGGGAACAAGUAAACUUGAAUGCUCUGAAUUCUGCUGAAAAGUUCAGUUUUAAGUGAAAUGACAUGUUCAAAAUUCACUGUUGGCUUGUUUUCUUGUUUGGGUUGGCUGCACUUCCUGCUUUUAUAGGACAAAGAACUGAAUCCUCCUGAGUUUUAACUUUGAGAUUUAGUUUUGUGGUGCCUGAGAUGGACAUUUAAUUAGCAAUAUUUGUCUAUUCAAUAAAUUUAAGAGCCGUAGAUAAUAGUAUAUGAUAAAAACAAUAUCGUUCAGACUGAUGAGACAUUCACCCAACUGAUGGAGACGUAUCUUAAAGUCUGUUCUUCACGCAAAAUCCUCCAUUAGCACUUUUGUAUAUAUAGGCCUAUAUUAUCAAAUCAGUGCUUUGUGUUUUUUUUUCAUUUUUUGUAAAGUUUUAUAUACAGAAACACAAUGAAAUCCACCAAGAAGAAAGCAACAACAAAAAGUGUACAUUUAUAUUAGGGGAGAGGAACCUUACUGAAUUCAAAAAUGACAUUUUAACCCUGCCUUAAAAAAUACAAAGAAAACCACCCUGACUUAAAAUGAUAGAUGAAUCAUCUGGAGAAAUGUAGGGUAAUUUAAGACUCUAUGUUUCAUGCUACUUGUUGAGACUCAGGACCAGAAUAAGGGCCUGUGUCCACUUAGCAUUUCCAUCUGUCAGAAAAGCGCUGGUAAGGUGCUACAAAGUUCAAGCAAACAGAUUUUAUUUCUCAAGAUAAAGAGAAACUGGAUGAUCCUUUCCUUGUGAGAUCAGUUAUGUGUCUGCUUAAAGCCCCUUUAAGGAGGUUUUAACUGGUUACACACCACACUGAAAUAUAUAUUGAUGAAACAAGACUAUCAGUGGAAAAACUGAUUAGUUUUGGGGCAUUGUUGGACCUGCGCUCCCUGUACAGAGUCUACAGUCAUCAUUCACUGAGUCAAUUUGAUGCUUGUCAUUCGCCCCCAAUCCCUGCACAUUUCCUGUCUCUCACAGGAUGUCAUGUCUUGUCAGGAAGGUGAAAAAAGCCUGCAGAAGUCAUCUAAUGGAGCAAAAAAACAAAAAGUGAUUAUUUCAUAGCAAUGUUUCAAACCACUGGCAGAGGGUGUGACCCACAAUGGUUAACUGAAUCCAUUUUUGUUUUGAGUGCGUAUGUUGGAAGAAACAUGACUUAGACUUGUGCAAAAUCAACAAAGGGAUAACAGGUAUUGCUUUGGCUUAAAAGGGAACUAAAUCUACCUCAAACUGAAAGUCUUCUCAGGAGAGUGAAUCUGUCAGCAGUGAGGAAAGAAGAUUGUUAAAUACUAGGGGUGGGAGAAAAAAUCGAUACAGGAUAGUAUCGUGAUAUUUUGUCUGGUGACAUAUCGUAUCGUCUCAUUUACCAAGGAUCAAUUUUUUUUCAUUAAUUGCCAGUAUGAAGUCAAAUCUAUGAUAAUGGAAAAAUAAAAUUGACUGUCUUGUGAGAUUGGCAGAGGUGACAUCAUAGAGCAGGAGAAAGUUAGUGCAACAAAUGCUAAAUUAGCGAAUACAGUUGAAAAAUUGUAUAAAUCGCAAUAUAUUGUAUUGCAAUACUCACUGUAUUGCAAAAUGUUAAAAAUCGCAAUAAUAUCCAGUUGUGGCCCAAGUAUCGCAAUAUCGUAUUGUAGCUCAAGUAUCACAAUAAUAUCAUAUCGUGGCCCAAGUAUCAUGAUAAUAUUAUAUCAUCCCCAAGUAUCGUGAUUAUAUUGUAUCAUGGCCCAAGUAUCGUGAUAACGUCAUAUCAUGGCCCAAGUAUUGCAGUAAUAUCGUAUUGUGGCCCAAGUAUCGUGAUAAUAUUAUACUGUGGCCUGAGUAUCGUGAUAAUAUUAUAUCAUCCCCAAGUAUCGUGAUUAUAUUGUAUCAUGGCCCAAGUAUCGUGAUAAUAUCAUAUCAUGGCCCAAGUAUUGCAAUAAUAUCGUAUUAUGGCCCAAGUAUUGUGAUAAUAUUAUACUGUGGCCAGAGUAUCGUGAUAAUAUUAUAUCAUCCCCAAGUAUCGUGAUAAUAUUGUAUCAUGGCCCAAGUAUCGUGAUAAUAUUGUAUCGCGGAGCCACUGGUGAUUCCCACCCCUAUUAAAUACAUUACAAGAACUGUCUGUAUCAUUUAUCUAAUCCUGCAUCUGCAACUGUCUUUAUUUUUGUAAUUAUCUUUCUCAGUUCUGGCAUAUCUACUGCCCAGCCUGACAGACAUAUCAAGCUUUUAGUUUGAUUUGCUCGGUUGCUGACUUUCUGUCAUUUGUUACCAAAAUAAGAGAAACAGAGAUGACCCCAGAGCCUCUCCUGAGAAGUUCAUCUAAAAGUCGUCAGAGCAGCUGCACAGAAAUGCCGGAGUGCUUUUAGUGAAGACACUGAGCGCUGCACUUUCUCUUUGGGCGACCUCAUACCGCCUCAUACAAUUUUUCCUCAAUGGCUAUAAUAGAAAGAAGACGCUGGCGCCCAAGAAAAUGCUAUGUGGACACAAGUGCUAAGCCCGAAUUUUGCAAGCUGAAUGUGUCAGAGGGGACCUUGAUAAACAUAUCUAAAGGCAUGUUUAUGUAUGAAACUGUUUCAUGCUGUGUGCUGAUGACACACAAAGAUAAUGGACCUCACACAGAGUCCUAACGUAGAUGGGAAACACAUGUAAUGCUUUGACAUUUCAAAAGGAAAUUCAAAGACAGUUUAUAUUUUAUAAACCUCACAAUGAUGGACUGGUAAACUUUGAUCUUCCAUCAGUGGUCUUUAUAAACUCGUACCUUUUUCCUCCUGAGCUGUCUUUGAUGGUUUAAGAUUGUGUUGAGCAGAAAGACAGAGCCGCGCAUGCAGCAUGCACCAGACAGUGCCGCCCUUUUAAAAGCAAUGCACAUUACAAAGAAAUCAAUACUUGGAGCAUGGGCUGAGCAGCCAGUUGCAGACAUACUGUGUGUUUGUAACGUGUGUGUGUCUGUGUGCGUGCCUGCAUAUAAAUGUACACAUGUGAGUGUUUGAGUGCCCGGUUUCAUAUUACUGUGUCAGCUACAGUAAAUUGCAUGCAGCUUUCCCCCCGUCAGAGCCAUUCAUCCACAUUUUGCUGCCUGCAUUCCUCGACAGCGUUACAAUGGACAGUGAAAACUUGAGAAGCCACUCUUCCUUUUAACCCGCUCGGUGUAGUCGUGUCUUCUGCCUUUUAUUACACAGCCGACAUCCUCAGAGGGGAACAGAGAGCAAAAUAGGAUGUCUGGUGUAACGGGAAGAUAGAGGAAACAGGAGAGAAGGGGCAAAACAGAGAGGACUGAGGCAAAAAGGUAGAGAGCCCGCUGUUCCUUUGUCUCGCACCUGUUGCUAGGCCUCUCCUGCCCCCCACUAGUCAGCCCCGCUCGCUGGGGGAAAAAGCUGCAGAAGUACAAAAGCUCUGUGUGUGCAUGCAUUGGUUUGUCUGCUUUUGUCUGCUCAAUUGCUUACAUGUAUUUUGCAGACAUGUGUGUACAUUAACUUGUCAUUGAUGAAUGAUGCAGCUUUCACGCAGGAUGAAAGCAUUUCAGCCUUGAACCCAUACAUCAGUUUUUUCCAGAACCUUGACUGGGCAUGAUGAUUUUAUAGUGCAAUGAUGUAAGCGCCCUGCAGUUUGUCAUGAGAGAAAGUCAGCACCUUUUUGUUUAAAUUCGAAGGUAGUGACAAAAAAUGAAGUAGACACAGAAGGGCAAAGCCCAAAGAAAAAAAAUAGAAGUAAAAACAGUAUUUAUGAAACUCGCCACAAACUCUUCAAUGUCAACUUUUUCCCCACUACAUUUCCAAACAUCUGCUCAACAGUUUAGCUCUACAAAGUGGCGAGCACAGAGCAAACUGCUCUGUUUGAAAGACCCAUCUGUUGUCUUGACAAGCACAACUUCCUAAUCUUUUACAGUAUAGCUGUGGCUGGCCUCAAAUUAAGAAGUGUUUUAUCUUCCCCGCAUAGCAAUCACAGCGAUUUCACUUGAAAGGCUGGGUAUCGUGAAUGUAUGACUUUGCUCUGCAAACACUAAAGAAACACAUGGAAGAGGAGACCUCCCAAGACUUUCAGCCGCUUUCCACAUGAACCUGCACUUUCUGAAACAGCAAGGACUGAGAACUUUCAUAACAUGAUAAGUCUCUGAUACUUCAUCUCCCUUUUUCUUAAUCUUUGCUGCUUUUAUUAGACCUGCUAUAUCUGUGAGGACCACGGGAGGGAGAGCAAGGCUGCCUGUGGAGCCUGCAUGACCUGCAACAGACAGGGCUGCAGACAAGCUUUUCAUGUCACCUGGUAAGUGUUAAGCUUUGUGUCUGUCUGUCUGUGUGUAUAUGUGUGUGUGUGCGUGGACUGGCACUGCAUUUGAUGUUGACCAAAACAGAUUUUGGGGUUCAAGAUUGAUGCUCUUUUUUUUAAACUUGAUGCUAUUAAAAGAUUUAAAAAAAUAUAGGACAGCCUUACACAACUUUUCAGUUGUGUAAUGCCAUGAAAACACCCACAGGAACAUCUCCACAUUUGAUUUCACUCAUGGGAGACCUGUAACCAAAAGAGCGGCUUCAUUUGUUUUCCUGCCUCUGCAGCACUUUGCAUACUCUACCAUCUGAUCUCUCUAUAUUCAUAUUCAAUUCACUCUGUGUAUUAAAAUCAAAUGUGGUAGUUUGAUUCUAAUAUGAACUAGACUUUUAAAUGUAAGUGAUUUCUGUGUGCAGAGAUUUGAAAUUUGAUCUAUUAUGUCAGGAUCAAUCACAAACGCUCUCGGGUAACAUGAAAAGAUGGCCAGGUGUCUUUGUCAAGUCUGAGUGUGUGUUUUAAUGUGUGUAUGUGUGUGUGAGUGCAUGCCCACCUGUCUGAUCCUGUGACACCCUUUGUUCAGUGCUCAGAUGGCAGGUCUGCUGUGUGAGGAGGAAGGACCAGAAGCUGACAACGUGAAAUAUUGUGGUUACUGCAAGCAUCACUACAACAAAAUGGUGAGAUGGUUUAACAGUCUUCAAACCAACAAGCACAAAAACAUCAGAAAUAUGAGGAAGUUACAGACUCACAAACAGCUACAACAUCACAUGACUUCCUUAGAUGCUCUGUCAAGUGUUUACAGUAGCUGGAAUAUCACUCUAAGUACAGUUCAUAGUCAUAUUCUCGUGUUUUGUAUUACCAGCCUCUCAAAUCAUUAAACCAAAGCAACAUCUUAUUUUUGGUUUGUUAUUCAUUCAGACCUUCUUGUCUAGUCACCUCAUUUGUCACUUGAUUUUAACAUCAGUUAAAGCAAAAUGUUGUAUUAUAUUAUCAAGACUUUUUCUUUCAUGCAAGACUGAAAGGAAUAUCCUCAGUUCAUAUUUGCACAUAUACAAUCACACUCCAUAUUUAUAGAUGUUCAAGUACAUUUCAACACUUCUACUCAGAGUUCAUUGUACUUUUACUCAGAGUCUAUAAGUCUUGUUAAAAAGCUGAUACUUCAUUCAAGUCUGACUUUAUUUUAUUGUAGCUUUUUGUUUUUCAUAGACUUAUAAGUAGGGAUGCACUGAUCCCAUAUUUGGAUCGGAUAUCAGCUCCGAUAUUAACAAAUUAAUUGGAUUGGAUAUCUGAUGAACUGAUCCAGCGUUCCUAUCCUUUUUUUUCUUCUUUUAAUUGAUAUCAUACACAGCAACACAGCGAUUCUGUUCGCUCUAUAUUCUAUAUUCUAUAUUCUAUAUCUAUAUUUUCUUAAAUCUUGAAUCUUAAAACAAAAGAUGUUUGAGGUAGGGUCCUUUCCAUUCCUAUGGGUGCAUGAAGCCAAAAAGAAUACUUUAUGGAGUCAUUUUGACUGGAAUUUUUGCCUUUAUUAGAUACAACAGUUGAUGAGGGGCAUGAAAUGUGGGAAGUGGAGAAUGGUGGAAGAAAUGCAACGAAAGUUGAGGUCAGGACCUGAGCCAGUUUGACAAGGACUGUAGCCUCUGUAAGCAGAGGGGCCCAAGUGGUGCCCCAACUCAAAAGUUCAAAUUACCUAAAUGGUCCUUUUCCUUUAGAGCAGGUGAACUAGUUUUAGCUUUAGCCCCGCCUCCCAACCCCAAAGACUCUGAAGAAAAAAAGUUUACAUUCUGCUUUUGGUAAAUAUUGCAACCCAAAGACUCAACAGUUUGAAUAUAGACCCUUCAGGUGUAAAUACAUGAGAAAAGGUUAUCCAGUGUUUAACUCAAGUGUCUUAAAAAUGUGAGGAAAAAGGAAGAUGUUAUUUUGAGCAUCAUGACAGUUCCUCUUUGUAGAUCAGCAGGUGAGAUUUAUCGUAUGCUGCACAAAUGACUGUAGGUCUGAAUCACCUAAAAAAGAUGUUUAAUACAAAAUGCAACUCUGUAUUAGAUUAUUCUGGUAUUUAUAUUACACUGCUGUGAAAAUACAUGUGAUGGGACUCAAGAAGGCCUUUCAUUUUAUCCUAAGUAGACAAAGAGAACACGUGUUUGAACUCAUCCAAUGUCUCAGUUUUUACUGGAUUUGCACAGAAAAGCACAUAAAAGAUGUCAACCCAAGCAGCCUCCACCCAUAGGCGUUUUUAGAUGAAAACAGAGCCAGCCUGUUUUCAUUAACAACUGUCUGUUUUUGUCUGUUUUUAUUUUACAGCAGAAGAAGUUGCGCUCGAGUGAAAACUCAAGCAGCUCCUUCACUCACCCCAGAGGCCGCUCCAGCUCUCCAUCCCAGGAGAAACAUCACCACCACAGACAGAGGAAGGUCAGCAUGAGUGAUGAUGUGUAUAGCUGUGAGGGCCUAUGUCCACUCAGUGCAUUUUUGUGCUCGCAGCAUCCAGUUACUAUAAAAUAUCAAAGCAAUCAAUUGAACCAAGCUUUAAGGAUACAAUUUCAAGAUCUGGAUCUACUGUUAGCGCUGCGACACAAUUCCUGGCAGUUUAAUUAACAUUCUAUUUGUAAAAUUCCUCAAAAGUAAAUAUCCAGAAAAGCGCGCGUUUCAAACAGCCUCUAUAAUCACUACCAAGAAGUGCUGCAGGACAGCUUUUGUAACCUAGCAACAGUGAGCGCAAGUGAGAAGCUUACUCAUAGGCCUGAAAGAUUUGAGCACCUGGGCUAGGCUGGUCAUCUAGCACACCUUUGACCCCAUGAUGCACUUUGAGGCCAGUAUUGUCAUAGAAAAGUGGUUAAAAGUAUUGAGGCAUCCAAAGAAGUGGCAUUUGUUGAUUUGUUUUAAAGACAGUUUGCUGGCUAGAUUUACCCCUGACUCUUCUGUCCUGCUCAGAUCAUAAACAUUUGACUAGCUGUCAGUUGUGGUGGAUGGACGGGGUGAGAGGAUAGAAGGCAGGGCAUGACAUCAAAAGUCAGCUUCAAGAUCAGAUGGACUGCAAAAAAUGUAGGGGAAGGACUGUGUGUAGAAUUAAAGGACUUUCAAUACAAACGCCUCAAAAUGUGCAAAUACUUCAGAGUCAAGCAUCAUCUGCUUCUGCAGCGUCCGCUGUAACGCAGCAGCAGGUGGAAGUAGGAGGUGUGUGGGACUGACACGUAGAGAAGCAGAUGGAGUAGGUGUGUGUCAGGGAGGCGGAGGUACAUCUUGAAGCUAUAGAGAAACGAGUGUUAAUGAGCCAAUGAUAGCAUAUUCAGGCAGUGAGUGACUCAGGUCCAUAUGGUGUCAUAAUUUUUGCAAUAGUAAUAGGCUGAGGCUUCAUAACAGUUCCCUGCAUGAAAAAGCUGUGAGAAAGUGUAAGCUGUGUCUCCUCUGCACUCAAGUGUACAUCAGUGUAGUAAAAGCCCAGCAUACACAACACUGUUUGUAUUCAUACAUGCAUAAAACUCUUAAAAACUUCCCAAUGUUUUUUAGACGGGCUGCAGGUGUGAACACAAACUACCAGACUUUACCUAGAAUUUUUCCCCACCACCCCCAGUAAAAUUCUGUGGGAUUUCCACGUAGCCAGUGUGAGAACCCAGUGAGAAAUAUAGUAAAAACAUGUAGGCGAGGGUGUUGACAUUCAUGUCAGGCAACAGACCGAAGAGUGAAAACUAAGGGGAUGUCAGUAUUUCAAAUUGAUAGAAAUUUCAAGGACAAUAUUUGAAGUAUUGGUACUGCAGAAAAAUGCGAGUGCUCUACGGUUGUAUUAGGGGGUUUUCACACCUGCAUCCAAACCAAAAUGAUAGGUGUGAAACCUCCCCAGAACCUUGGUCCAAACCAAACAGCCGACCAAAAUAGGUGGUCUUGGUCUGGACCAAAUUGAAUCAUGGUCUGGUUCAUGCCCAGUGUUAAAGCAUCAUUUUGAAAGGUUCGGACCUUCGUACAAAAGACAGGAAAUGACGCGAGGAGUGGAAGUGUCCGUUAUUAUGUUAAAUGGAGAUUGUCCAGUAACGGUAAAUUCUAAAAUAAAUACCUCACUAUUGACAGCUUAUCUUUUCAAGAGUUGUACUACACAUUCUUUUCUCCCGAGCCAGUGUUGCAAUGACUUGCAGGAUUGCAUUUUUUCUUUUCCUUUCCUGUCGAUGUCGAUACAGUUGUCGUCUUAUGAUCAAAUUCAUGAGACUUCCUCGGACCAGCCUCAUGUACAGCUCAUCAAGUUGUUGCUGUUGGAGGUAGAAAAUCAAAAAUAGUGCGAUGGUGGGAAUGACGAUUUCAUCCACGUUUGCAUAAAUCAAGACCCACACUUUUCAAUGUGUUGACGUCAGACGCCCGACGGCCUAAUGACCAAUCAAUGUAAAAUACAGAGACACGCAAAGCACGUAGUUAAUGAUGAUAGCAUGUAGGUUCAUCGUGUAAGGCCUGUUAGUCUGUUUGCGGUAAUGACUGUUUGCAGUGUGAAACCUAAACAGACUGAACCAAGUAAAUUGCAUCAGAUUAGUGUUCAUGAGUUUGGAAAGUCAGCCCAUCUUAAAAAGUGCAGCAGUUAAUUCUGAGAUGAAGUGAAAAAUAAAAAGGACCAUCAACUGUAGGUAGUCAAGAGAAGUAUUUGAAUUUAAAUGUGUAACUGAAUACAGUAUUUUAGUGGAUUAUUUACAUGUAGUGUGUUUGCAUACAGCUUGUUAGUGUCACAGUAUGUAAUUGUUUGCUCUAUGCCUGUUUGGACCUGCUUCAUCAUCUCACAUGCUUUAACCCUGAAUGUUAAUAUCCCUUCAGAGUCACAAGGACAAGAUUCGACAAAAAGAGCGCCAUAAGAAGUCUUCUGACAGCCUGGGCCCCCAAGUGACGACCAGCAGUAUAGAAAAGGUACAAAAAACUACCAAAGAGACCAAAAACCAGAAACAAAAAUGUACAAUGACAACAACUGACAGUAUUUAUGUAUAUUUGCGGCUGCACAGAUAUCCUCCAGUCAUCACAGCAGCAAGGACAGUGACCGGAAGUUAAAGAAGCUGAGCUCACAUAGUCACAGUCAUCGCAGCAAGAAGACAGGGAGCACCGGCAAGAGCUGCUCCUCCUCCUCUUGCUCCUCCAGUCCCUUCAACACAGGUACCCCACGAGAGUCAAAAACAACAACGAUGGAUAGUAUCCAAAAACUCGCAUAACUUAAACCAAUGCCCUCUGGAUAUUAGGGGUGGGGAAAAAAAUCGAUGCAGCAUAGGAUCACGAUAUUUUGUCUGGUGAUAUAUCGUAUCUUCACACUUACCAAGUAUCGAUUUUUCAAAUUAAUUGUUAAUAUGAAGUCAAAUCUAUGAUAAUGGAAAAAUAAAAUCAACUGUUUGUCCAGUGAGGUUGGCAGAGGUGACAUCAGAGAGCAGGAGAAAGUUAGUACAACCAAUACGUAUAUACAUAUAAGGUUUGCAAGAUGUGCUACAUGAAAAUAAAAUUCAGCGUAAAUAAGACAAACAUACAGGAAAGACAAAUGCUAACAUAGUUAAACAGUUAAAAAAAUUGUAUAUAUCGCAACGUAUUGUAUCUCAAUACUUACUGGAUUCCAAAAUGUUAAAAAUCACAAUAAUAUUGUAUCGUGGCCCAAGUAUUGUGAUAAUAUCGUAUCAUGGGGCCACUGGUGAUUCCCACCCGUGCUGGUUAUGUUGAUAAUAUUAAGAUAAUCAUGGAGAUAAAUGACUUCAUUUCAUCUCUAAACACAACUUGGUCAUAACUUUUUGUCUUGAGUAUUGAGUAUCUGAUAUCUCUGGUGUAUAGACAGUGUUUCUCCACUGAGAACAUCUGCCCACUGAGGAUUCGUCUAUUUGCUGAUGUCUUUUUUUCACUUGGUGAUAACAGUCGAAAUCUCUGAUAGUUAACAUCCUUACGUAGCUUAGAAAGGUAUUGAACUCUUUUCUGCUCUCACUGCCCAAAUGUUUACAGACGGUAAAAGGGUGUCUAUGAAAUCUGGUUACCGUAAACAUCGGACAAAUAUUCAAAUCUUAAAGAAGUGCUUCGGGACAGAUAUACUUCAGCAGUUCAUAGCUGUGAGCUUGUUUGUGUUUGUGUUUGUCUCCUGCAGGAGGCUCUCUGUCCUCCGCUCAGGAUUUCCAUCAGUUCUCAUCAUCAUCCCGCCUGGAACGUGAGCACGACCGAGGCGGUGAAGACCACAGUGGAGAGGAGCGAAAGGAGCAUCAUCGGAGGCCGGCAGUCCAGGAGGAUGAGGAUGAAGACGAGGACGAGAAGGAGGGGGACAAAGAUGAUGAGGAGGAGGAUGAUGAGGAAGAGGAGGACAGUAAAUACCACAAACCACCAGCCUUGACUCCCGCUGAUAACCCCCUGGCAGCGUCACAUGACAGGACGGAGGGCAACUCAAGCCCCUUUGAGAACAAAGUCACUAUUUCCACUUUUGGGUCCAUCAUGCGCAUCACCUCAUCAUCGAGCCUCGGCAGCAGCAGCAAGAUCCGUAAGAUCUCCUCCUCAGGGGACUACAAACCCUCCAAGUCCCUCUGUAAACCAUCUCAGCUGAGCACGCCGCCCAUCCUGGAGGAGGCGGACGUGGAGGAGAAAGCCGCGCCUCCACCGCUGCCCCGGGAGAGGCGGCACCGCAGCAGCAAGAAGAGCAGCCACGGUCCAGGGCGCCCUCGAGGGAGCAAGAACAGAGAGAGGAGAGAAGAGGAGCAUCAUCACCACCAUCACCACGCAGCACCUCCUCCUCCUCCUCCUCCUCCUCCUCCUACUCUUCCUCCUCCUCCUCCUGCCUUAACCUCCUCGCUCUACCCGAGCCCGUCCUCCAUCCCUCACCCCACCUUUCCCUCCACACUUCCAUCCGCCUCAAUCUCUUCUUCCUCUUCUUCUUCUUCCUCCACCUCUUCUUUCUCCUCCUCCUCUGCAGGCAGUUUUUCCACGGGCCGCGGCAACUCUCUGCUCGGCUCCGGUGAGUUUGAGUGAGUGUGUGGGUGUGUGUGGUAGCCCUCUAGCUUCCUGUGUGUGUGCGUGCGUGUGUGUGUACAAGCUGCAUCACACUAUCUGUCUACACAUAGGCGCGUCUUUCAUUUGAAGCUCGACUUUAAAGUGUUGAAAUGUUUCCAUUUCACGUGUGCCAUGUAGGCACCAGAGGAGCAGCUUAUCUGUAUAUCAGGAGCUGACUGUGGAAGGAAAACCCUUCAAGUUAGAGGCUUGAAGGUCAAAUCAGAAUAUCAUAUCACUGUGAUGUUUUUCAGACUAAAAAUUCUGAAUGUUUGUCAAAUUUGUGGUAGAGAUACUGUCCUAGAUAAAGGUGUUAGCAUGCGCUGCUUCUCUGAGUGGUUUACUUCCUGCCCUACUUACAGACUAACUCUCAUGUUCAUAAACGCUCUAUACCAUGUGUCUUUUCCAGAAAGAGACCUCUAAAACUGUCUUUCCUCACCUUUUAUCUUCUAUAGGUAUCUACUCCAGCCUCAAGGACCCUCUCACACUGGGCGGGGGUGUGUGCAGCACCCCACUAUCUCUGGGUGGAGGGGUGUGUAGCACCUCCUUGUCUCUGGGAGGGGGUAUGUGUAGCACCCCUCUCUCCUCAGGACUCCUUCCAUCUCACGUUUCCUCACUCUCGCUCCCGUCAGUCAACGCUGUCUCAAACACGCAGGUACUUCACAGAGCAAGAGAGAGAAGGAUCAAUCCCAGCUCUUUUGAAAGUCAUCAAAGUGAAAUCUUCUGCUGAUAUUUUUUUAUCCACGGUGCAGGACAGCUAUGUUUUUAUAGCUUAAAGAAAUUAGCACAUCUGUCAUGAACGUGCACCAUGCAAAAGAAAAGCUCAUUACUAUUUUACUUGUUAUUUUUUAGCUUUGAGGGAGUCAGUAUAAGGGAAAUAUUUGUGAUUAUAAAUUUGAAACAGUUAAGUAGGUAUUAACUGAUCAACUGAAUUAUGCUUGUGAACACUUAAAUUGAGAUUUACCUGAUUUAUCGUUAUCUUCAAGGCAACUAUUCCGAACAAUUGGGAUUAAAAAUUGAGUUUUUCCAUUGUUUUCUUGCUUUGCCUGUUAUGAAUGAGAAUUUUCAGAUUUGUCUGUAGACAGUAUGAUUUCUCAAUACUUCAAAAGUUUGUUGCAGCACUUCAUCACUUGGUUUAUGGCUAAACUGAUUUCUCGAAAGAAACACUGGUUCAACCGUGUUUCGCUCAACUUUUUCAUUUUUUUUUUUUUUCAGUAAAGUAUUUUCAUUUUAUCAGCUCUCACUCCAGAUGCUGAUGUUCUCUGUCUCACAGGCCCAUCCAGGUUCCAGCGCCUCCUACAGUCUGACCUCCUCACAGCCUUUUGCUAGCUGUCUCUCCUCAGCCCCGACACUGCCGCCACUACUGAGCCAAGCCCAGACCUCACUGCCAGGUAAGAGCAGGACACAGGUUGACUUUGAGUUUGCACUUUUUCAGGGGCUGGAUUAAUUUCAGGAGAGCUUCAACAGUUGAUGUUCCUCAGACACAAACAUGUUGCCCUUUAGAGUCUGACACACGCCGAUGUCUUCACACUGCCGGUAAACUUGAUGACUGUGUUUCUUCUGUUGUUAGAGUCCGACCUCGAUGACUGUCGCUUCCCGUGUCAGGGGAACUCACCAAGAGAAAGUCUUUCUUCACAGUAUGUAUCAUUUCAUCCAUACUCAUACUUUGUUUUUGGUUUUUUUUUGUAUUUUUUGUUUUUUUCCAGUGGUCUUUUUAUUGAUGACAAAGUAUGAAUAAGACAAUCUCUGUACAGGUAAAAAAUAUUUCUGACUUUUUUGUACAACAUCCACCCAUGACACAACACAACCCCCUGCCCAAACAUCAGAACAUGGACACACAUAAACAGCCACUUACAUAAACUUGUAAAUAGAUGUAAUAGAAAUUUUAAAAAUGACUAACAACCAUACGUAAAGAGAAAUAGAAUAAAUAAUUGGAAAAAAGGUAGAAUAGGCAUAAAUAAAUAUUUAAAAAGUAUUUAAAAAUAAAUACUUUUUAUACCCCCCUGGGUGGAUUUGUUCUCAGAAAUUAUUGUGAAAGGUUCCUCAUGGAAUACCCAGUGGGGGGGGCCAUAUCUUGUACAAUUUGUUCUCUGAUCCCCAAAUAGUGUAUCUAAUCCUCUCUAGAUUCAUGCAGGACAUCACGUCUCUGAGCCAGUGUGAACAGGAAGGAGGAGCUGAGUCCUUCCACUUGAGUGAAAUAGAUCGUCGCGCUAGAUACUUGUACUUUAUUGCAGAGAGGAAUUAUGGACUUGGAUAAGAGCAAAUGAGAUCCCUCCCACAAUGUUGUCUGAUACUGUCAGUGGUAAUUACACGAUAUUGAUGACUUUGAUCGAGAUCGUCUACCCCCUGGUUUAUUUGACAGCAUCACAGCCGGCUGAAGGUAUCUACCAGAGCAACUGCAAAAGAACGAAUGAAUGAAACAGGGAAGAAUAGGUCCCAGGUUUAAACUCGACUUGUAGACUGAAACAGUAUGUGAUUUCACACACACCCACACACACACACCCAAGGCUAGUAAAAGUCCAAAAGCAACAAGUCACAUACAACCUAAACUAUGAGGUGUUUUCUAUCUUCUCAGCUUUAAUCAAACAGGUCUGGAAACUUUCCUAUUGAACUGCAGCUGUAAUCAGAUCAGUUUCUAUUUCUGUAGCCAGCAAUAGAAAACAACAGGAAAGAGCUGAUGGUUCAAAACCAAGACGAGCAAGUGACUGACUGAAAAAAACAUAAAACCACAGCCACAGGGUCUUGUCAGUAGUUUCCUGUCAGUGACUACACUUUAUAACUCCCUCUGACUCCUUCUUGACUAACUCCUCUUCUUCCACACACAGGUCUCCCACAAGUUGUCUUCCUCUUCUGUUCGACCAGAGAGACGGUUUGGGUGCAGGAGUCAGAGCUCGUCCAGAGAACGUCCCUGCAGCCAGCUCUCACAUCGAGCUCCUGUUAGAGAAACACAGCAACGGAGAGAUGGGAGUCAACAGUGAGUGCGACAAAAAAAAAAACACACAGCACAAACAGAACCGAGGGUCACCAGAAGAUUGAAAGGAGAAAAAAAUACAUGUAUGCUUGUUCUCGAGAAAUCAGCAUGACUGGAUUGUUUCUUAGAUACCUCCUUCAAAACCCAAACAUCCAAGACAGAGAAAUGAACUUGAGAUUAUGAAUGCUCAAUAACAAAUAAAAAAACAGCAUUCAAAGUCAAACAAAGGUGAAGAAAUGUAUCUCAUAGCCCUUUUCACAAAAGCUGUCUGAAAUAUCUAGAAUUUUCAGGACAGCUAUACCCAAAUUUUCCAGAGCUGUCACAAUAAGCCACAGAUCUGGUUAAACUAGAGCAGCCAGACUGAAACAGGGACGUUUAUCCAGAGAAUAUUCUUCACCAGCUAGUGUCACCUACGAUGGAGUAUCAGGGCUACAUUAAGAAAAUCAAAUCAAAUCAAAUUAAACUUUAUUAAUAUAGCACUUUUCAGGCAAAAAGAAAUGCAGCACAAAGUGCUUUACAAUUCAAAACAAUGAGCCGCCCCAUAUCCAGCCCGCCACCCCACCCCCCAACCCUCACUGAGAGCCUGCCCCAACACACACACGCACACACACACACACACACACACACACACACGCACGCAGAUAAUGCAAUCUUAAAAGCGUGUGGCUGAGUACAGAGGAGCCAAGUCAGGAAACGUCGGAAAAAGACUUUGAGAUUAAUUUAUGAGAUUAAUUUACGAGAAUAGUGUCAUUACAUUACUCACGAAUUUAAGUCGUUACUGAUGAAAUAAAGUAAUUACUUAGGAGAAUAAAGUCGUAAUAAAGUAAUUACUUAGGAGAAUAAAGUCGUAAUAAAGUAAUUACUUAGGAGAAUAGAGUCGUAAAAAAGUCCUUACAUUCUAACCUGUUGUUUAAGAUGACAGUUGUUGAAAUGAGAGCCAUGGCGCAUUUUGUGAAAAUGUACUUCAAUACAGGUUUCUGAAACAAGGAGAUACUUAAUCUUUUGGCACAUCAGCACCACAUUAUCAAUAGUAUCAUAAUGAUUUUACUACGACUUUAUUCUCCGAAGUAAUUACUUUAUUACGACUUUAUUCUUUUUAGUAAUUACUAUAUUCUCGUAAAUUAACGACUUUACUCUCAAAGACAUUUUUUUUUUUUAAUGUGGCCCUCACACUCCCUCAUAGGAAUCUAACCUGUUACCAUAUGACUUUUUAUUUAAUGGAAUGGGGUUACAAUAAGUGACUUGCCAUCUUUUGACACAAACCUUUAGAAACCCUUGGAGACAGUCACAAAUGCAUAAACAUGCAUCAUAUGAGGAGACGCAUUGGCUGACACUAAAUAAGCAUACCGUGCCUACAUUUAGGAUAUCUUGAAUUUCGUGGCGUCACCAGAUCAUAAUAAGGAUAAGAGGUCACAAAGGCCUAUUUUUAGUCGUUACAAGAAGUAAGUAGCAUUAGUAACGUGCUCAUGCUCACGUUUCGCUGCAGUUCUCUCUGUGAUACAACGAUCCGGUGCUAUUUAGAGAUGAUGAAUGUACCUGUAGACAGAGUGAGAAAGAGAAAAUAGCACAGCGCAGCAGAGGCAGCUUUGUUUCUUUUUCUCUUCUACUCUUUCAUGAACCACACUGCAUGCUGCCUCUUACUCACUUUUUCUCUGGGGACAUCAGCUGACGUUUGCUUUCCCAUCUUUUCUUUGCUACUUGUUCUUUUCCGCACCCAGCCCUGUCACGCAUCAUUUUUUAUUACACAUUGAUUUCCACUCUUUGUGCUUUACUUUCUUAGAAAAAGGUUCCACUCUGCAGAAAUUAUGUGUUUGUUCAGUGUGUCAGUGAUGACGAGCACGCUGCAGAGACAGCUCCACAGAAAAUCAAUUAGAAUGCAUUUCAGAGAUGGGGUUGAAUCCUAGUUCAGUCGUCACCACACUGCUGUUCACUCAUACCUAAAAUUACUUCACACAAAGGACACUCACGCAAGCGCUUGAUUGCAGACUGAAGGCUUUUCUCUCAGAUGUACAGCUCUCUUGCUAUUUGCUUGUCAUUUGACUCCUUCUCUUUUGCUCUCAAAACCAAAGAACAGCACCAUAUUGCACGAUUGCUUUGGUUUUACACAGCAUGUUAUAAAGCAUUAUGAGAAGUCUUACUGCAUGUAGAAGGAUAAAAAUGGUCCUUCAUUGUCUUGUCGGUUGUUCUGCUUUCUCCACUGAUGGAAAUAGCAAAUCUGUGUGCCAUACUGUGUGUGUAACUUUAAUACCAAGCAGCAAAUGAGCACAGAUAGGUUCACCAACCAGCCAUGAUAGUAUGAACACCUGAGCAAUUCUCACUCGCUCCUCUUUCUAUCUCACAACACGCCGCAUAUUUCAGAGGCACGGCAUGUCAGCACCACUGAUUCUGCGAGCGCUUGCCGCUCAUACCCUGCCGGUUUUGUGCAGGAUGGUUUUGACAACCCGGGGGUUCUGGCUCCUUUUCAUCGUGUUUGCCGCCAACAAAACAAUAAAAAAACUGGUCAUGGAGCACCGAACUGUCCCCAAACGCUCAGCACCCCAAUUGCAUUCUUCUAAAAGAGAGUACUGAUGUGGAUGCUGCAAAUUCUCUUAUGGAUGCUAACUUAAGCAUCUCUCCCAGCCACCUCAUAUGUCGUAGACAUAUGUCAUACGGGGUGACGUAUGUCUACGACACACAUCUCCCCCGCUAAAGCAAAAAAGGAAGGGGAAACACUGAACAGCAGGGGUGGGCAAUCAUGUGCCACCAGGUGAUUUCACUGAUUACCUUACCUCCAAGCAGAGAGCAGGGACUAAUCAGUGAAAUCACCUGGUGGAGUUUUGGGUUGGAAAGAAAACCUGCAGCCUCUCGGCCCUCCAUGGCACAUGAUUGCCCACCCCUGCUGUACAGUAUGUGGGAAAACUGUGACUAGAUAAACGGUGGUAACUGUUAAAAAAAACCUUUGAACUCUUUACACACCUGUCCAAGGUGUGCAAAGAGUUUGAUAAUCCUUUACUUAAAAAUCUGCAGGUCUUCAAAUUUCUUGUCUGUUACAAAGGUAAAGAAAACAACUUUUGAAAAGUUUAUUUGUUGAAUGGCGGUUGAAUCAAUAAUUUUUGAUGCAGUCCAGAAAGUCAGGGAAUCGAGAAAAAUCACUGAUGGGUUCAUGCAACACAUCAUCAAAUACAUUUCUGCCUGAAGUUGAACCUGAGUGGUUUUUUAGCAGCAUUUGCACGAGGAUAUCUGCUAAUAAAGACGAAUAAAUCCACCGCCAGGUUAACUACCACUGCAGCGGUGUGUAAGCCGCUUGCAUUUGCUCUCUACACUGACUGUCUUUCCUGCAUACACCAAAGUCUACUGAGAUGUGAAUGGUCAAUUCUACUCCCAUCACAGAUCUAAACCAGAACACUGCCCAGUACUUCUAAAAAUCCAGACCCCUGAAUUUUUGCCGUGCUUUUUAAUGUGAUUAAUUUAAUUUUUAAUGUGAGCUCUGCAGAUGGAGAUUAAUGUAACACCAACAGUUUUCUACACAGGAUGAAUCGUUAUUUGCUCAAUCACCAUCAGAUGUAGUAUCACUUGAUUUGAACUUUAAAGCUGUCGAAGUCAAAACAUUGUUCCGUGUUAGAGUGGAUAUAGAGCCAUGCAAUGAAAAGAUUGAAUCAUAGAAGUCAAACAGAACAGCAUAAUGUCGAUACACGUAGUGUACAAGGCUGCAAAACUUAACAUGUUUGAUUCACACAAACAUUGUGGUUACCUCUUGUUUUUUAAGGAUUAGCUCUGCUCUCAACAACAUGAAGGGGCCUACUCACUUCACAUAAUGGGAAACAUCUGUGGGGGUGCACAAGACCUGAAAGAGAGCUGAUCAUACAGUCCAAGGCCGGACACUUUCUCGCCAGUUUCUCUUGUUAAAGGCAACGAUCUGACCUUUUCUGAUAGAUGCUGAAUAUUUAUAUACAAAAAGUAAAUAAACAGAAAAUGCUAUCCAUCAGUUUGGGGUUUGCAAAUAAAUAUAUUGUUAACUGUUAAGGCUAGUGAAAAUACUUUUUCAGCUUAGUGAGCCUCUGUUCAUAAAGUGAUAAAGUGAUAACUGUCCAUUUGACUCAAUAACACCUCUGUCCUCUCUGCUUCCUGCAGUUGUGGAGAUGCUACAGUCGCUUCACUCUCUGCAGCAGGAGAACCAGCGGCUCCAGGACCAGAUCCUCAGCCUGACGGCCAAAAAAGAGCGUCUGCAGCUCCUCAACACAGAGCUGGCCGUGCAGUUCCCUGGACACAACAUCACACAGAGCUCCAUGCACACCUCAGCCCAGAUCAACUUCCUAUCAUCCACCCAGGGUUAGCCUCCUUAUUUCCCCUACAUUAUUCCAUCUUACAACUAUCUGAUCUUUUAAGUAGCUGUCUGUCCUUCUUUUCUUCUCUCCUCACAACACUCCCUGUUUUUAGCAUCUGUAAGGGUCUGCAUUGGUAUUUUGGUGUAUUUUCAGAAUGUCAAACAGACAGAUCAUGUAAGUUAUCUUCUGGUUUAGGAAUGCAAAUUUAAAGCAUUGUCUGUGAUCAGUCUUUUGAAAUGUAAAUCAAUCAAUUUUAGAUAACUCUAAAAGUAGAUUUCUCCUCUGACAAAAAAGCGUUCGGGAGCGUAUUGCAUUCACCAAAAAAAAAAAAGCUCUUUUUUUCAAAGUAAUUUUUUUCCAUUCUGUUCUUCGGACUAAUUUUUUUCUGUUUUUCAAAGCAAUUUUUUAUUUCUUUUCUGUUUUUCGGACUUUUUGUUUUGUUUUGUUUUGUUUUUCAGACCAAGUGUUUUUCCCAUUCUCUGGGAUCAUGGUUAUUAAAAAACGGACGCUUUCAUCCCCCUCUGCUCGAUUUAUGGGAAGCAAAGAUGGCCCACCUGUUUAGUUUAAUCAAGUUUUACUUUCUUUUGGGUUUGAGACACUGGGAGAUACUCCUUUCUUAAAGUCAGAUAGAUGGAAUCAUCAUAAGUUUGUCUACUUUGCGCAGGCACCUCAGAAUUUGCAUACCCACUGUUUAACUCAUAACAUGCUUUACUCUCAUUGUCCCCGUAGUCAAAGUUAUCUAGGAACUGGAGAAUUCACUGAUUUGGAGCAGCCUCUGUGGUUAAUAUUAUCUGAUUGUAUGAGAUUCUCGCAGGAUUUUGAAGUGUCUCGUUUAGUCAGGAAAAAAAAUAGUCCAAAAAACAGAAAGACAAAAAAAAAAUAGUCUGAAAAACAGAAUAAAAAUUUGUCCAAAAAACAGGGAAAAAAAUACUAAUACAAAAACAGAAGAAAAAAAUUGUCUGAAAACAGAAAGAAGAAAAAAAAUUGUCUUAAAAACAGCAGAGAAAAAGAAUUACUCUAAAAACAGUUUCCCUUUUUUGUAAGUAAAUGCAAUGUGCUUCUUUACAAAUGCAUUCUUCCCCUAAAUUAUCUAUUUUCCACAGCAACAUACUGGAUAUAAUCAACCGUACCGCACAGCUAUAGAGCGUAAAGGCCAACAAAUUGUUAAACACAGGAAAUAUCAUCAUGCGGAGCAGAGUCAUAAAAAUAAUGCCUGCAGACAUAUGGUCAUAUAGAGCAAGACAAAGGCUGCAACAUGAAAACUGAACAAAAGAAAAUUGUUCUUUGUGAUAAAUUAAGCAUGGCUACAUGGUUGGGUGUCAAUUAAGAGCACAAUCAGUUCAUAUCAGUCCAGCAGCGGGAAACACACACUGAGGAGACGCUCUUGUUGCUGGUGUGUUGGUACAUGGCAACCAGUGUAGGAAACCAUUCUGCAUUAACUUUACACCAGUCUGUGGGCUUUGUAUCCAAAGAUGUUACCAUGUCCUAGUCAAAGGUUCCCAAUCUGAUCAGGCCCAGGUACACAGUCUGAUGUUGAUUAAAAGGCCCUCAAAAAUCUGAACAAACUUGUCUGUAAAGGUUCUUGUUUUUGUACAUAGCCUGAGAAUUUGUGAGUAAUGGCAAGUUUAUGAGUUAUUCUGGUUUUGGAUGAAGAUCUGUUUGAGCACAAGUAUGCAAACAGACAUCUGCUGAGAUAUGACAGGUUCUGGACUUUAUCAACAGUGUAUGAUGACAUAAGUUUGCAAAAAGUGCAAACUGAUAUGAAUCAAAACAGACCAUUAUUUUCAAAUAUCAGAUUAAGUCGGCCUGCAUCUAAAAUUUCCGAUAUCAGCACUCCGAUACAAGCAUUCCAUUCCAGACUCCACUCCGGCACCUCUUGCUAGCAGCGCCCAGAUCCAGCAUUCAGAGCUUAUGUGAUCACAACAACAGGGUGUACUAAGAUACAAACAAAGUGGCAAGGAGUAGGAGUGAUGUCAGCUGUGUGGCAGCAUUUUCUGUUUAAGUCCGAAAAAGACGAUGCAGCUGUGUGCAAAACUUGUCAUGCACAAGUUUGUAGUUUGUGCUAAUAUCGGAUCAAUAUCAGUAUCGGAUGAUACUGAAGGCUACAAUAUUGGUAUUGGAAGUAAAAAAUAGUUGUAUCGGGACACCACUAGAUGUCAUGAUUGAUUGAUGUAGGGCAUUCAAGCAAAUCUAAGAAAUGACUCUGUGGAUAGUGUUUGGCUGUGAUUUUGUUUUUUUCACCCGGUGUUUAUCCUCUUUAUUCCUCAGACCCCCUGAGCACCAAUAAGAGUCCUCUGUCCAAAAGCUGCUUCCUGAAUGAAACCUCUUUUGUUACCUCGUCUGAGGUGAGACCCUGUAGAUGCUUUUCACGUUCAGACAUAACACAACAGCCAGACUGUAACCAACAGCCAGUCUCAAAGUUCACCAGUCAGUGUUUUAUUACAAAUUUAACAGUCAGUUUUGUGGUGUUUGUUAAUGUCAGAAAUGCUGAAAAACAAAUCAGAAGAACAAAAUAAUGUCUUGAAAGUACAUUUUUGACUUUGGAUGCUGUUUUCUGGCUAAAAUAUGAAGAUUUACACCUCACAAAAAUGGAGAUAACACUUAAACCAAGCAGGGGGCUGAAGAGCUGAUGUCCUGUUUGUCUUUGUUUCAGGAGCUCCACUCUGGUAGUCCGUCCCGCAGUAGCUCCUCCCUCUCCUUCCAGAGUACUCCUCCCCAGCAGAGCCCUGCCUCCUUUGGUCAGCCCCUCCUGAACGGCCUGAGCCGAGGUCUGAGCGAAGGUUUGGCAGGCGGUCAGGCUGGCAGCUCCUCUCUUCCCGUGGUGGGCGGGCUUAUGGCGUCUCUCACAGGGAGUCCUCAGCUCAAUAUGAACGGCGUGCUGGGCAGUCUGAAUGGCGUGAUCCAGUCUCCCGUGCAGAACGCACCUCAGCCCACCCUCCCUGCUCUGCGCCCUCAGCCUCCCCCUCUCAACCCCCAGGCCCUCGCACAAGGAUUUCAGCUGCCCAAGAGCGUGAGCCCGUAUGUACCUGUUCACUUCUGACAGAUCUGUUGUGAGCAAUGAUGUCAAGUCAGCCGGCUAAAAGGCAUUAUCUCAAUUAAGAGUCAGUCAAUGUGUAUUUGUACUCAUUAGCCAGAGUAGAUUGUUCUUCCAGUACCAUAACUUAUGACCUAGACCUACCUAAAGUAGCUUCUAUUCUACUUUAAGAUAAAAGUACACAAAACAGGACAAAAAGACAACUAAGUACAAGACAGUGACGUUUUCAAAUUAAAAGCAUCACAAACAUCAUUUUCUGAGGCUGUCUCCUUUUUAUGUAUGAAUUGUUUUGGCCAUCAUAAUUGUUCGCUUUCAGCUCGCCAGUUGUGGUGAGAGUUACUUGGUGACUUCAAGACACAACACACAAUGUGGGUUCCACCAUUACAAUAAUAUCCCCUCAGCUUCCACUAUGCUAACGAUUCGCAGUUAUUGAGGAUAAGAUAAGCAGUUACUGUCAUGUAACACUCGAUGACAGUGAUGUGAGAGUUGGGCUCAUGAAGUCCAACCAUCACAGGUGAGAGAGACUCUCUCUGCAGCAUUCUGGAGUUCAUCCCUAAUCUUCCCUCUCGUUUCUGCACAAAGAGCUGAAGCAGCUUUUUCUUUCUUUCUCUUGUUUGGUUUUGAAAACGAUGAAGGGAAAUCUCAUGACUCCUUCCACUGCUAUCCAACACCCCGCUGUCUUCUUAUCUGUUUAGGCAGGUCUUGUUGACUUCUGUUCGCAUAACCCUCCUCAUUCAUUAUGGCAUUAGUGCCACUGUGUGGAGUCUUGAAAUAGUGCUGCAGUGAGUUCAGUUGGGAGGAAAUUCAAAUCAACCAAUCAGAGUUUUUGAUAUUAUUAAAAGAGAGGAAAAGAAAAAAAUAGAGCAAUAUAAUCAAUGGUGAUAAUUAAUAAUGUCUUGACUUUCAAUAUUGCAUUAAGGGAAAUUUUAAACUUCAGUGCUUUGCGCUGAUACCUGAGCGCAGUCUUUGACUGGUGUGGGAAGCACUUUCAGAACUUUCUACCUCUGUGUUAGUUUGAUAGCUGUUACACAAUCUUACUGUGUGUUUUUGCUCUUGUGUUUUAGAUCUUCUCUCCUGUCUGAGCAGCAGAAGCAGCUGCUCCUCGAGCAGCAACAGCAGCAGCAGCAGCUCCAGCAGUUCCUCUCCUCACAAAACUUCACUCCAGUAAGGACACGCUGUCUGACACUUUGUCAAAGUAACUUCUACUCUGCUGAAGCCAAGACUUCACACUUUUCCUGAACUGUAAAACCUUGAAACAGAAACUUUUAUACACAUAUGUGACUGUUUUUUUUUUUUGUUUGAAAACAUGAGAGUUGAGUUUUUGUGUGCGUGUUUGCGCCAUAGCUGAGACUUCUGAGCACAAUAAUGAAUUGUUUCUGCAAAUUGUUUAUUUGUAAAUCCUGUCCCUAUCAAGCUAAAUCUUUGGUGGGAAUAAGCUAAUGACAUGAGCAUUUACUAACAGUGGUUGUUUUUGACUUGAAAUACUCAUUACAGACAUAAAGUAGCUAACUUAUUAACAUGUGAACUGAAAGUUUGAGCAGUAGUUAAAGGGAUAUUCUGGCGUAAAUUUAAGUUAUGGUCAAACACACCGUAACACCGAGUUAGACACCCCCUCAAGAGAUGAAUGUUGCAAACUGCUUGCUUCUCUAGUUAUACCAACUUAUAUCAGCUUCACCACACAAUAGCAAUACACAGCACUCUAUGUCUCCAUGCACACACCUCAACCAAAAAGCCACUCUAUAGCCACAAAUAAUGCUCAGAACAGCACUAACUUCAUCAACAGUACAUAUAGGGUCCCAGCCAUAGUACUAGCCACCAAACAUCUUUUUAACUUUGUCUGAUUUCUUUAGCAAAGAGACUAAACACAACUCACCCACUCUCCUCCAGCAGCCGCUAGUUUGUGGGGGAGGCCUGACAAGUCGAUCACUGAGGGCAGCGGAGUUUCGCAGCUCAAGGAAGAACAUUUUGAUUAUUACUUAAUGGAAAUGCAAUCAGACUGAGACGCUAAGGCAGAAGAACUACCGUGUCUGCAGUGCAAAAUGAUUAUUAUGAUAAUUAUUACUUCAUGGAAAUUUUCCACUGCACUCAGUGAUCGACUCGUCAGGGCUCCCCCACAAACAAAUAUGUGUUGUUAGAUAUAGAACCAAAGAACUGCUGGACUCCUUUUAUACAAGAAGAAACCAGAACCCUGAAUCCAAGAAGUGGUGUAUUUUGAUGGAUCUGUCAGAGUAGUAAAUAUAACACUGACAUGAUCUGUUUGUGGUAGCCAAGUGUCACUACCAACCAAGUAUCUGAGGAUUACAAGUAACAUACAGCAGAUAUGUCGAAGCAAGCACUAGCCGUACACUGCUAAUAAAAGAAACACAUUAAUAACCAGUCACACACGUUAAAACAGAGGAGGAGUUAGUAAAAGGAGUGAGUAAAGUAAAAACUAAGUAUAAGCUGCAAAUGGCACCAAAAAAAACAAACAAAACACUACAGCACAACUUCUAAAGUCCAGGUAUCUUCCACUGACUCACAGCUGAGAGUCAAAUGAAGGCAAACAAACCUAAGUCCUGCUGGUCACUCUUUUCUGCCCCUGUAAAAUGAAAACAAAACAUCAGCCACCUAAAAGUUCUAGUUUUCUUCAAGACGGUCCCUAACCCUAACCACCAGAUCUAUAUGUAAGGACGUAAUAAAGUUAAGCUGCACCCCGAUUCCCAAAGUUAUCAUGAUGGUAGGAAAUGAAUAGCCAAGGGGAACUUUCAUCUGUAAUAAUGACUGAAUUCUGAUUUUUGUUUUCCUCUAACAGACCCUCUAAUUAAAAGUUGAUCCUCAUCUACACAAAAUAGAAUUGGUGUUACACGCUGCACAUAAACCCAGAGAUCAUUGUCAUUCAUCCACGUGGAGCACAGUGAAGCAGAAGCAGCAUUAACCUGUCUCUGUCCUCUUUUCUCCUCCUCCUCCUCCUCCUCCACUUUAUCCUCCUCCUCCAGGAGCAGCAGGUGGUGGUGUGCCAGAUGCUGCAGCAGCAGAGACAGAGGGAGCUGCAGCGCCUCACGCUGACAGGAGCACUCACCUCCAAUCCAAACUCGCCCAUGAUCGCCCAGUCGCCCAACCUGUUGUCCUCGGCCACAGCCUCACCCCUGCAGGGCGGACAGGGGGGAGGCCUCUUCAGCCUGCAGGAAAACGCACUUCACAAGCCCGGGGUGGGUAACACUAAUUUAGGAUUUUCCUGCAUGAUGGUGCGUCACUGACCUUUUAACUUUUAAUGAGCUGAUUCACAGCUUGAGAUCCUCUGGUGAGGCUUUUUUAUUUGUUCCACAGUCCAGGCUCACGACUAAAGGCAAAAACAAAACAGUGAAUCCUCCUGUGAGAGCACCUGUGCUUUGUGAGCAAAACAAAAGGAUGGUCAAAUUCAGAUGACUAUACACUAAAUACUACAUACUGUACCUUUAAAUAGAGUGUGCAUAUAGAUCACACUGGAUCUCCCUGUUCAGUUAUUUUCCCUGUAAUAUUCUUUGGUCUCACUGUGACACUUUCAUGAAAUGCCAGCAUGUUAGUGUGAGAUUAGCAAGUUUGAUGUGUUGUAUCCUUUACAAGAACUUCAUGGUUAAAAAAUAACAAACAGAUACAAAAAACACAAACAGGACAGUUCUUUGCAGCCACAAAUACGGGCAUCAAGAGAGAGAGACAGACUGGUAAGGGACUGAAAACACUAUCAAAUGAAAGUUAUGAGCUGAGAUACGAGAUAUUUGUUCAGUAGUUCAUCGUCCUCUCAGCAGUCAGGGAGAGUGAAGAAUUCAACUUCUGUGUUUCAGUUAAUUGAUGUACUGAUGAGGUACUUUAAACAGCUCAGGGAUGAAGGGAGUGUUAGUAAUGGCUGUUUGGAUCUUCUUACAAUGAUUACUAAUGCAGUCAUUUGAUAAAAACACUAGGGGUGGGAAUCAGCAGUGACGCCACGGUACGUUAUUAUUGCGAUUUUUAACAUUUCGCAAUACAGUGAAUAUUGCGAUACAAAAUAUUGCGAUUUAUACAAUUUUUUGAACUUUUUAGCUAAUUUAGCAUUUGUCUUUCCUUUAUGUUUAUGUUUGUCUUAUUUACACAGUAUUUUAUUUUCAUGUAGCACAUUUCGCAAACCUUAUGUGUCAGGUCCAUCUCAUUUGUGCCCUGCUUGCGUUCCUAAUGCUGCUAUAUUUGUUGUACUAACUUUCUCCUCCUCUAUGAUGUCACCUCUGCCAACCUCACUGGACAAACAGUGAAUUUUAUUUUUCCAUUAUCAUAGAUUUGACUUCAUAUUAACAAUUUAUUUGAAAAAAUCAAUACUUGGUCAAUGAGGCGAUACCAUAUAUCCCCAGACAAAGUAUUGCGAUACUAUGCUUUAUCGUUUUUUUUCUCCCACCCCUACUAAACACUGUAUUACACUCUUUGUCUUUGCAGCAGUGCUUUCUUCUUGUAUAAAAAAAAAAACCGCACAACUCUUUGCUCGCUUUCCAUAAUCCUCCUCACAGCAAGUCACAGCAGGGGCACACUUACUUUACAGAAAAGUGGUGCCAUCCACUGUCUUUGUCUUAAACUGCUGAACCCUGAAUAUGAGACAGUCUUGUUUUUUUUCAGAUGUACUGUAUUUUCAUGAAAAACUUGAUGAAAUGUCUUUUAUUCAGGUCAGUUUAAUAUUCGGCUUUGCUUCACAUAAAUGGAGAUACUGCCGCCUUAAGUUAUGGUAUAAGAGUACACAAGUACGCAGGAGAAUAGUCACUGUGAGAAUUUGAACAUUCAGUUGAAUUUCUGUUUACAAAAAUCAAUACAAAGCCGUUUAAUUUUGCCGUCAAAUAUAGUUCUUUUAACAGAGAUCAGAAUGAUACAAAAUGAGAAAUCCGAAUGGCCUAAAUACAUAUGAAUAAGUGCAUUUCUACCUAUUCGUGUUUUAGACGUGUUAGAAACAUUUCCUGGUUUUGUGUUUUCAGGCUGCAGGAGAGAAGGGUGGAGACAAGAACGGGUGAUGUUUCCCGAUCGCACAGGAGCAGCUCCAUGAAGAUAUCCGGCAUUAACGCCAACUUGAAGAACUGAGGUCAACCUUUGAGUGACUUUUGAACAUCUUUCCUUCCAUCCUCCAUCUUCAUCUUACACCCUCUUUUAUGAAUGUAUAACAGGAUGGACUCAAACGUCACGGUGAAGUUUUUCGUGUUUUUAUAUUCUUUAUAUCCGAGGUUCUUCUCAUAGGUUUUUGUGUAGGCAGCUUUCAGAGAGCAUGAAAAAGUGAUCUCUUCUUAAAUUGCACUAAUUUGUUAGCUUGACCAGUGGAGCUGCUUUUAAAGGCAGAGCCCGAGUUCCUGCUUGUCCCUGCAGGAGCUGACUUCACUCCGGGGUUGGAGCGUGAACUCACGGUCGGAGCGUCUCUUCUCUCUGUGGCUUCUUUAAGCACUUAUCGUUCAUGAUUUCCUGCUUGAACCAGAGUUUCCAUCAGUCAGUGAGACUUUUUUGCAACCUCAACUGUCUUCCUCAAUAUUUUGUCUAUCCUUUGUGUUUGUACACCCCAACUGAGUUUCAUCCAGAUCCUCUAUAUGUUGCGGUGUCUCACAUGCACUCAUGAUGUAGGGGGGUAAAUAUACAGUAUACUGUCAUUUUUGAUGUGUGGUUAGUGGCAUUUCGACAUGAAGCUAGCAAUUACCUCAGAACUUUCUGCCACCUAUUUCUCAUUUUUUAAAAUUUUGUGAUGACUCAUUACCGCGAUAGCCUUCACUGAUUAUAUGAAAUUAACUUGUGUAAAUGUAAAAUGGCACAGAACCCGCAUGUCCAAAAUGACGCCCGAGUCCACUUGAGACCGGCAGCAUCACAGACUUUAUUUAAAACCACCAUAGGAGUUACUAAAGACUUUUAUAUCCUUCCAGUUGCUAUGGAGAUUAAGCAGAGGAAACCAAACAUUUGGAAAUUGUAAGUAAUAAAUUAACUAUUUGUCCUAAAAAAAGUGUGCACUUUGCAUGUUAGCAGCUAACAGAGCAAAUUAGCCAUCAACACAGUACCUUAAAAAGGAUGCUUGGUACUCAGUAGGCCACUAGGCACUGACAGGUUUUUGAUUUAUGUGAGUAUUUUUGCACUCCCCCUCCUGAAGUGUUGUUUUUUUUGUUUUUGUGUUAUUUCCACACAUAGCUAUUCCUUUCCAUGUUCAUCAACUAGUUGUUCUUUUAGCAAUACUGGAUAGAUAAUGCCUUAAUGAUGCUAGAUUUACAGAUGGAGCAGUGAGCCCAAAGGCUUACUCUCUUGUUGUCUUUCUUUGAUAGUGUUUUUUAUCUAUCGGGUUCAUGGAGGGGUUUAUUAGUAAAGUAAGAGCACUCUUCCGAAACCCGUUUAUACUUUUGAUAGCAGACUGAUAAUAUUAAAAGUUGAACUGUGUGAAUAACCGUAUAGUGGUAACUGAAGUGUCAAAUCAUUUUCUAUUGUAAUUUUUGUGUUCAGAUGCAAUGUUCUUUAGUUUGUGUUUCAGAGUACAGAGAAACAAGGACUUAUUCUGGGUCUUACAUUGGAGUCUGCACAGAGGCGUCAUAGGAGGCUGCUGUGGACGGCCAAGAUGUAAACUUUUAUUCCAGUGCUGUUGCGGCAGUGUAUGAUGCAUAGUGUAGCUGUUAUCAACUGAGAAUAAGGAGAUAUACAAAUGUUGUUACUGUUUGACCUUUGCUUCAGGGCUGAUUGCGCCCACAUUCAUGAUUUUAGCUUACGUAAAGACGCCGAUUAGCUUCUCUUCCUUUGAUAAACUUUAUUUCAUUUCCACACCACUUGAUCACAUGGAAGUUCUGAGAGGCAACGGAGAAACUAGUCAUGAAAAUGACAUUUUUAUCAACAGGAUCCUUUAAUUUUAUCUUUGAUAGGGACCAUAAAAGAAAAACAGGGUUUGACGAGAAAUUUUCCUUGAAUCCCUUUUUCCUUUAUCGUUAACACUGGUGAAAAAAAUGUAGCAAGUAAAGUAAAAAACGUGACUUCCCUUGAAGAAUUUCAACAAACGUAACUUUUUACUUUAAUUCUCCCAUCUGCAUUCACUUCUGAAAAAAAAGAAGCCAAAAAUUUUUCUAAAUAUUUUUUUCCCACUUGUUUUUGCAUCCAUGAAAACAGGUGUAGCAACUUGGAAACUAGAAAUAAGUUGCUAAAGUCUCUUUCACAUAUGCACCUCACAGAAAUUCUUGAAAUUUUCCGCAGUUACUCACACAAAAUAAGUUUUCCCUGUGAGACACCCACAUAAGCAUGCCAGACCAGUGGGUGGUGACUAUAUGUGAUCAGUCAGUCUGGUCAAUCACCAUAGAGACACAACAAGCCCAUGCACCAGCUAUUGUAAACAAACAGCUUAGUGAAAUCUAAUAGAAAUCUAAAAUGCGUAAAGUUGAGUCACUGCAGUUAAAUGAAGAGGAAAAGUUAGGUUUCCCUGUAAACAUGCAAUUAAAGUUGCCAGAACCCAGCAGAUAUUAACUAACAAGGAGCCCACCAUCUUGGAUUUAUGGUGCCUGUGCAAUAAAAGAAAACACCUUCACAAUGUGCAAAUUGAGGACAGACAAAACUUAAUUUUUAAAAUUCAACACAUUGAAAGAUGUUUUCCAAAUCUCUGGUUUCUGUAAUCUAAACCUUUGUUUACAUGGGGCUCAAGGCCAAAGUGCAGAGAAAUACUAUGUUUUCAAAAAUGUCCACCUGUGUGGAUGGGGCCUUAGAUUUAUAUUCCCCAAAUCUAUGAAUUUUGUAAAGAUUCCCCUCCUGUACCGUGUGUACUGACAAAGAAAUGAGCUAUUCAAACCAAAAUUAGUUUUUGUAACACAUUUAUUUUGGUUUCGUUUUAAAACAGGUGUCAAUUAGGAGUCCUUGGCUUUUAGAGCCACCCUCUAGUGGACACUCCACUAACUGCAGGUUUUUGCACUGCAACAUAGGCUUUAUCUAACAACACUUGGAGGUUGCUGCUUGGUCGUCACACGUGAUGUACCACAACAGUUCCAGGAAGUUAUGUGCAUAUGUGAAUACGCCUUAUAUAAGGACAGACAAAAAUCCUUUUUCUCACUGAUGAAAAACCAAGUGCAUAUUUUUGUCCUGCAUGUUCAUAAGUGAUAAACACAACACAGAAAACAAACUUUAAAAAUCAGAAGGGACAACCAUGUUUUUCCGCUUGCCUCUCAGGACUUCCAUACAGUCUCUGUCAGGCCUCCUUUCACACAUCGAGGCCACACGCAGAGCAAGUGGUUAUUUUACCAUGUUUUCUCCUCUGUUCUUUAACAACUUUGUCAAGACCUCGUGAAAAUAUUUUCUGUCUUCUGUUUGCAAUCUUGAACGUGAUCUCCCUCACAUGUGAUAUCUGGAGUGUUAGAUAAUUUUGUUAGCAGCUAAUGUAGACGUCAGAAAGGAACCUCAAGCAGCUCAUGAGUCGGUGAUGAAUACUGUAGCAGCGACAGGAGGAGAAUGUUGAUUAUGUUGAUAAAAACAUGAGCCAACGCGUUGACAUGACUCCAAGUGGGAGGUCUGCGAUUAACCAAGUAUGUCCUUACCUGUAAGUCCAGACACACAACCAUGUCCACGAGAUUGACUGAGGAUGGUGUGAAGGAUUUCUGAAGUGGUUUCUUUCUCAUGUUGCACUGGGGCGCUUUGGGCCCAAUUGUAAAUUGUUUUUUUAGUACCUUUUUUCAAUUUUGUUGGAAUACAAGUUGUAUACUUUAAUAUGUUUGUGUAAAAACACAUUCAUUCUUUUAAGCUUUGAAGUUUGGGUAACCACGAUAAUCCAUGUUCUGAAUGUCGUACUGUGUAUCUUUUAUGUAUUACAACAUAUAAGCACCUGGCUCUGAAUGAGGUCUGAUGGAGAGCGAGUUACAUAUUGGGAUAUGAAUUGCAUGAAAUGCAGUGAGGUCUCUCUAAUGUGUUGCUAAAUACCAAGUAAUAACUAUGCAUAAUUUUAAAUGCAUUGUUCCCUGAAAAAAGAAAUGAAAUGAGCACUGAAUUUUAAAAAAGGACAAGCAUGUUGUCAUUGUACAGUGUAUUUGUUGGAGAGAAUUGAUCAAAACGAAUUUGACAAUAUUAAGAUUAAAAGCCCUGUAAAGUAUUUUGAUAUUUUUGUGGGUAAAAUUAAAAGGACGGAUUAAGACAACUUUUUUUGUCAAUAAAUGUAUUUUACUGA